CCGGGUCUUGAGUACGGGCUUAGCGCUCCCAAACAUUUCAAUAUGCAGCGCUAUAUGAUCCGAUUCUGGAUUCGAGUUUCAUCUCUCUACGAGUUUCACCGUCUCUGGAUGUAGGCCUUGCACCGUUAUUCCUUCUUUUUAAAAGCCACCCUUCUCGCACACUCAUUGAUAACCAUCCUCCAAGGCUAGGCCUGGGUUCCAUUUUUGUUUUCUAGGAAGUGGUGUUUUGUUUCGUCUCGUCCGUUUUCUUAUUCUCCUUGACCACUUCUUCUCCUCUUUUUAUUUCUCCAAACAACAGAUUCAUUCUGUUAGGCUGCCGGUCAGCGUUUGCUCAACAUGCCUUCUCUACGAUUUCUUCUUUUUGUUGCUCUUUUGGCAGCCGUUGUGCUCGCCGUCCCGGCUCCCUCCCGCAAGAGGGGUCUCCAGAAACGUUCCUUCAAGGUUCCCAGGCAAUUGAACAAGGCCCAUCCCACUGGCCCCAAUGGUCCUGCUGCCAUGAGGAAGGUAUUCAGGAAAUACAACUUCAAGAUCAAGGAGGACUUCAUGGUCAAAGAUGGCUUCAUAUCCUUCUCCAAGCAAACAAAGGGCAACGACACUGCUACUGCUGCUGCUGCUGGCUCCAGUGGUAACUCGACUGGAACAGUUGCCGCUAACCCUGCCGACAAUGCUGCUCUGUUCUUGUCACCUGUCGACAUUGGCGGACAGACCCUCAAUUUGGAUUUUGAUUCUGGUUCCUCUGAUCUUUGGUGUUUCAGCACCGAGCUUGACCCUCAACUCAUUGGUCAACACACCGCUUUUGAUCCGGCCAAGUCGGCUACGUUCAAGAAGGUGGACGGUGCUCAAUGGAAGAUUAGCUACGGCGAUGGUUCUGGCGCCGCUGGUAUCGUGGGCACAGACACCGUCACCAUUGGAGGUGUCACUGUCAAGAACCAGGCCGUCGAGCUCGCCAACCAGGUCUCCCAAUCGUUUGUUCAAGAUACCAACACUGACGGCCUUGUCGGCCUUGCCUUCUCCCAACUCAAUACGGUCAACGACGGCACCAAGAAGACUCCUCAGAAUACCUUCUUCGCCAAUGUCAUGAACGAUUUGGACAUGCCUGUCUUUACUGCCGAUCUCGACCCAGAUGGCACCGGUGUCUACGAGUUUGGCAAAAUCGAUGCCACCAAGUUUGAGGGCGAGAUGGCCUGGAUUCCUGUCAAGGCUGAGACUGGCUUCUGGCAAUUCGGCUCUACCAAGUUUGCCGUCGGUGACCAGUUGUUCGACAACCCACAGGGAUCUGAUGCUAUUGCCGACACUGGUACAUCUCUUCUUCUUGUGGACCAACAGGUCGCCGAUGCAUACUACUCGCAAGUCAAGGGCGCCCAGCUCAAUGCUCAAGUUGGUGGCUUCAUCUUCCCAUGCGCAACCACCCUGCCUGACAUGAGCGUCGCCAUUGGUGACUCGUACAUGGCCAAGAUUCCUGGCAACCAGCUCAUUUUUGCGCCUGUCGACAAGGCAAACACCACCUGCUUCGGUGGUGUACAGGGCAACCAGGGUUCCGGUCUGCAGAUCUAUGGCGAUACCAUGUUCAGGGCGCAGUUUGUUGCCUUCAACGGUGGCAACCAGUCGCUCGGUUUCGGUCAGAAGCCAACCACUCCAUAAGCGUAAAUAUGUGACAUGGGCUUUUUAUGCCUACCGUGCGGAGAGCUAAGAUGAUGAGCUGUAAAUAAUUAAGUGUCUUUUGCACAUUCAUUUGAGAACAUACGAAACGGCCUACAGUACAGCAACGGCUGAGUACAAUGAAAAAUUUAAUCGUCAAAUCACUCUGA